AUGGAUGAUUUUCUGAAGGAAAGCCUAUUAAAAUGGAUAUCACUGAUAACAAGAACAGAUAUAACAUUUUCCGACCUAGCAGAUGGGAGGUUGCUCAUCCAUCUAAUAGAACUCUCAAAUGCUGUCCCCAAUCGCGUAGACUGUCAGUGUAUAAAAGACCAAAUUGAUUCGUUUUUGGAUGGUACUUUUAACUCUAUCGUUUCAAAGUUGUUCGAUAUUGAUGGAGUUAUCUCUGGCAAAGCUGAUGACCUGGAGGUUUUUAGUGUGUGUUUGACAGUCUUAUUAGGAUGUCUUCAGAGUCCAUCUAGACAAUCAUUCAUGGAUGCUGCUUUGGAUUUGAGUUUGGACAUGCAAACUGCUAUAUUCCACUUAAUUCAAGUGCCUAUGACCCAAUUAUCCCUUCAUCAUGAAUUCACACGAGAUUUAGUCUUACAAAGACUUUUGGAUCCGUUACCUAUUAUGCCGAACGGUGGUCUAUCCACUUACCUUCCGUCGAAAAAUACUUAUCAAUUAGAGGAGGAAAUUUUGGAAACAUCAUCGAAAGCUUUUUCUCAAGUAGAGUCAAAAAGUGGUUCAGAUAAUCAAAGACCCAAUAAUCUAUCUUUAUGUAUUACUCCUGAUCGAAAUUUAUGUAUCACAUCAUCGCAACUAAAUUUGACCGACGCGUCUGAACGGAGUACAAAUCAGGGUCAUCAUAUGAUUCCACAUCCAGUUUCACCACUUACGUCACUGAAAUGUCUCCUGGAUUCUCCAUCAUUGACACACAAGACACAACUUCGAGAAUCAGAACGUGAAAAGCGACGAGAUGAAGCUGAGAGUAUAGUUGCUGGGUUGCGACGUCAAGUUGAAGAAGCUGCUGUUCGAGUGACUGAGUCAGAAUCACGUGCCUUGCGUCUGUCUCGUGAAUUGACGGCGCUUCACGACCAAGGGGAUGAAUUGGUUCACUGUAGAAGUGAACUGGCAUUGAGAGAAGAGGAAAUUAAAAAUUUAAAACUUCGUGUCAAUGGAUUCCAAGAUCUCAUGACACAUUUACGGAAGUUAGAAAUGGAAAAAGUCGAUUUACAACAAGAAUGUGAAGAUCUUCGCUUAAAGGUGGAUCAACAAUUGUGCCAGCUAAGAGAAUUCAAGGAUAGACGUAUUAAAUGCAGUGAAAUUGAAGAACUUACAUCCAAACUACGUGAUGUUGAGGCUCAAUUAGCGCAACAAUUACGCGAACGUGAAAUGAUUGAAAAGGAUACAAGACAACAGCAUGAGUUGUUAUCACAAAUUAAAAUACAGUAUUCAGUAAGAAAUCAUACCAAUGAAUCAUCAAAUAUCAACCAGUCAACAGGUAAUAUAGAAGAGAUUGAAUGUGAUGAACAGAUAACUACAACUUCUGCAAUGAAUGAAAAUGCUGUGCAAAGAAACGAAAUUGUGUUGAUUUUAGAGGAUGAUUUGAAGUCUGCACGUUUAUUCAUAUCAAAACUACAGCUACAGUUCGACGAAGAACUGGGAUCAGCAAAGCAACUGCUUGAAGAGAAAACCAAACGUUUAUAUGAGCUUGAAAAUAUCAUCAGCACACGGAUAGCACUAGUUAAGACCGAUGUUGCAGUUCAAACGGAGAUUUCACCUACAACAACAGUUGAUGCAUUCAGUGCUUCAGCUGCAGAUCGACGGGGGCUUUCUGAUGAAUUGGUUCGCCUACACGAAGAGAUAGUUGAGUCAAGGAGUUAUGCCCGUGAACUAGAGCAACGGUUAUCUGAGACGGAAGAGGACUUACGGUGUACAAAAGAUAAACUGAUUUAUCAAACUACUCUUAGUAACCGAAAUCAACAGAAUUGGAUUAUGAUAGAACAAGAAUAUCGUGAAUUACAACGUGAAAAUAGAAUGCUACGAAAUGAUUUAUUAUCAACAGAAGAGAAUCUUUCCCGGGCAGAAGCGGCUCCAGAAAGUGUUGAAUUUGAAGCAACUUGUGUGAACUAUGAAAAAAAAAUUGAUCUAUUGAAUCGACAACUAUUAGAAACAACAUUUGAAUGUCGUCGGUUAGAAGCAGAACGUGCACGUGUGGCUGAGCGUAAUUCAGACUUACAACGUGAAUUAGAAACGACUAGAAUUUUAGUGGACUCAUUAAAACAGAAAUCUGAAGGUGAACCGAUCGAUCAUUAUCAUGAUCAUCCAAGAAACAGUGCUUCAAUGAUUCAAGUUUACAAUCAUGACUAUAAUCAUAACCAUCAUCAUCGCCGUCGUGGUUCACAUUAUCACAACAGUGUAUUUCCGAAAAAUUCAAGAGUGAAUCGACGACAUCUGAAUGAUUCACUUGAAGAUUGGGAAGAUAGUGAUCAUGAUGGGAAUCUAUCUCAUUCGCAGCAUAUUCAAUCAUCUAUUUAUCCAUAUGAAACUAAAAAUACAAUAAAUUAUCAUGAUGACUGUUCUUCUAUUGGAGUGGUUCAUUCUCAAGAAUCUUUGAAACCAAAAAGUUGUAAAGUAAACGGUAAUAGUAAUUAUGAUGAAGAGUUAGUCUUUUCAAAGCGUAAACAUCAUUCGAAAUUGCGUACAGAUUCGAAACAACUUAGCCGAUUAGCUUCUAGAACACAAGAAUUGGAAGAAUAUGCUAUGAAACUACGAGAAAAGUUUAAUCAGCACCAAUCAUCAACUCAAGUGAAUUCUCUAGUAGGCGUUUAUCCCAAUCUAACGGAAGCGACCCAUAACAAGCAAAUAACUUCUCCCAAGAUUGCACAGAAUCAGAAACAAUUAGAUAAUCGUCUCAAUGAAUUUAUUCCAAAUGGUGAUUGUUAUGAACAUGAACAAGAUACUGAUGCUGAUUCAUCAGCAUAUACCGAUUUAAGCCAAGUUUCACCGGUAUCGCAACCAGUUGAUUCAGGCUGUCAGAAUACUAAGCUAACAACAAGCAAUGCACAAACUAAUACUGAGUAUUUUAUUGAUCAACCAGUGCUACAACUUUAUUCCCAACCUAUUGGGUGUAUUUCAACAACCUCAUCAAAGAAUUCAAGGAAUAGUCCACCUUUAUCUUCUGAUCCCAAUCGUCUUAAAGAAUUACACUUACGUAAUCGUUUACAACCUUCACAUUUACGAUCAAGUUAUCCAGUUGAAACACAAGUAAUUAACACAAAUGAUAUUGUUGGCACUCUGAGUCAAAUAACCACGGAUAAUAACGUGGUGAAUAAGUCACUAAACAGAAUAAAAAAUCGCACUCAUAAGGGAAAUCAUAUUACUACUAACAAUAAGGAGUCUUCUAUGCUUAACGGUUCAAACGACCAAUCUGUUACACACAACACCACAAUAACCAAUACUUCUAGACCGAUUCCCUCCACUUUAUCAGUGGAUCACAAAAAGACUUCUUAUAUUAAAUCUAUCCAAGAGAAAAAUACCUUUGAUCCAGAUUCAACGCCUUCACCACUGGCUGCUGGUUAUCAGCCAUUGCCUAAAGACAUACAAUCCUUUAGUGAAGCGCUUAUUUCAGCAUCUGUAGACAGUAAAGCUAUGAAUUAUGUACUGACUACACAUCCUAAUCUCAUCAAAUCAGUAGUUUCUGAUAAGGAGAUUAAUAAUUGUAAAUCAUACUCAUCCUCUUCUGGUAUCCAGAAUGUACAUAUGCUACCGCAUGCUGAUCGAAAAAUUGAAUUCCGAAACAGUAUUCCUGAAGCUCUUCCAAAUCGUAGCAGUAGUCGUAAUCAAUAUGAAACGCACAACACAAGAGGCGGUGGUGAACUGUCAUCUGACAACGAGAAUGUAAAUCCCCCUCAUUCUUCUACAAUGAUCCAUCGUCGACUUACGGAUGCUGGAUUAUUUAUAAAACCACUAAAUCCUGUUCAAAAUCAUCGAAAUAAAAAAGCGGAGGUAUAUCCUACUGAUCGAAACGGUGUUUCCCCAACAAAUUCUGUACAAAGUGUUGAUGAUCUUAGCGGUGCUUCAAGUAUACGGAGCAGUAAGAGUUCAAUAGCCUUUGAAAUAAAAAAUGAUGAUCAUAAAACAUCUGUACGCCGUUUGCCUUCACAAUUACCUUCGUCACAUAUAAGCAGCAAAACAAGAAAACUAGGACAGUCAAAACACCUAGAUGGUACAAAUCAACGAAUCAAUUGUAAACCUGCAUUUUCUGAAUCAAAAUUAGUUGUUACUCCAAUCAUCUCACAAAGACAUAUUGCUCCAUAA